UGUAUAAUUGGCCGUGUGCAGCAUGAGGUCACAUGCGGGAAAAACAGCUUUCUGUGAAGAAGAAAAGCGGGGAGGAAUAGUAGAGAAAGGCGGAGGUCAUAAGAAGAUUCUUAUAAAGGUGAAGUAGCUAUGGGAGACAGAGCUUGUUAUAACUGUGGUAAACCUGGCCACUUUUCUAGAGAAUGUACAAGUCGCGGAGGUCGAGGCAGGAGUGGAGGCUUCGGAGGACGUGGUGGUGGCGGAGGUCCAUGUUACAACUGUGGCAAGAGCGGCCACAUGAGGCGGGACUGCCCUGAGCCACCGUCUGAGAGCAGCAAGGCCUGUUACCAGUGUAAGAAGGAAGGUCACCUGGCACGGGACUGCCCUGACGCAGACAUGGGACGUGGAGGAGGAGACUGCUACAAUUGUGGGGAAUCUGGGCAUUAUGCUCGUGAGUGCCCAAAUUCCUCUCAGGAUGGAGGUCGUAGAGGCAGGGGCAGUGGUGGCGGCGAGUGUUACAAAUGCAGACAGCCAGGUCAUUUUGCCCGAGAUUGUCCAGAAGGAAUGGCCAACGUCCAAUGCCACAAAUGUGAGGGGUACGGCCACUAUGCUCGUGAAUGCACUGCUGAAGUAUGUGUGAAGAUGUCAAAUGUAUGUUACAAAUGUGGACGACCUGGCCACUUUGCAAGGGAGUGUGGGAAUGAAGGUGGCGGGCGCGGAGGUGGUGGUCGUACCUUUAGCGGGAGAGGACGUGGUAGAAGAGGGGGCUUUGGAGGGCGACGUGGGGAGAAGUGUUACCGCUGUAACAGCUAUGGUCAUUAUGCCUACGAGUGCAGAGAGGAGUCAGACCGCUGCUAUAAGUGUAACCAGCUAGGCCAUAUCGCUAAGGACUGCCCCAAAGAAAUUGAGUCAGGUGCCUGCUACACUUGUGGAAAAAGUGGUCACCUGAAGCGAGACUGCCCCGACGCCCCACCAGAGGGCAGUAAGACCUGCUAUAAAUGCCAGCAAGAGGGCCACAUUGCUCGUGAUUGUCCCGAGGCCCACAGCGACACUGGCGGGGCCCGAUGCUACAACUGUCAGCAAGAGGGCCACAUGGCACGGGAUUGCCCCGAGGCCCAGUAUGAAGGCAGCACUGGAAGGAGGAGCAGCAAAUGUUACAACUGUGGCAAUAAUGGUCACUUUGCCCGUGACUGCCCCAGUGGAGGGGGUGGUGGUGACACCUGUUACACGUGUGGAGAGGCCGGUCACUAUUCCAGGGACUGUCCCGGUGCCUCAGAUGCCAAGAGGGAUGUCCAGUGCCGCAAGUGUGAAGGUUAUGGUCACUUUGCCCGUGAAUGUACUGCAGAGGUAUAGGUGGACCACCAUUUCAAGACGGGCCAUACAGCGAAGUGGUGAAGUUCUUGCAGACGUUAAAAGUGAUCAGAUGGGGAAAUAGUAUUAUCAGAAUUUGUGUGGCAUCUGAUGUCCCUGCUGAGAUGCUGUCAUUAAUACUGGGGUGAUUGUGAAGAAAACUUUAGAUAGAAGCAUAUACUUUGAGUACCUGAAGAAAGUGGUCUGAAGCUCUUUGUGUGAUUAUAUAUAAUUAUUUAAUAAGAAAUGUAAAUACUUUUUAUUGCUCCAUUGUUUUGUUCAUCCUGUAUUUUGAGAUUGUACAUAUUAGUAAUUAUAACGCCCCAAUUAUUUGUAUUUUUUAAAUUAUUAUAGACAAUUGUUUUUAGCUCUUUUGUAUUAUUUAUAACCCUGGGUUGUGUUUCUGAGACAUUACUGGCCAGCUUCAGGUUCACAUUUGCAGACUUGUUUGGGUCUCAGUGAUGUAAGAUUAAAGUUAGCUGCUCCAGUGGCAGGUGCAUGAGACUUGUCAUAUCUGAGCCUCAGUGAUGUUAGAUUAAAGUUAGCUCAGAAGCUCAAGGUAUUAUAAACCAGACAUUAUGCUGUGAAUUUUACUUAAUUUGAGUUUAGCUAGCAGGAAAAACAUUUUAAAUGCUACACUGCAGUACAUGACUUAUGUACCUGAAGCAGUUAGUGUACAAAAUAUCUAUGUGACUGGUCCUUGCAGUGAAAAGAAUACAGUAUAAGAUAUAUUUUCUAUGUUCAGGACUGAUUUAAAAAGAUCACUGUAUGGAGAAAGCAUUGCAUGAGUUGCUUUUGCAUCUGUUUUGUCCACAUGUGAUUUUAAAUUAUCAUACAUGUUUUGCCCAAUGGAAUAUACUUGUUGAAAAGGCAGCUAUAUUUUUCCAUUGAGGUUUAUUAUUGAUUGUAUGCAGAGUACUUUUGGAUUGAAUACACUACAUUACAAAAUUUACUGAGUUUUAUCAAACUGUUGUGUUCCAUUUUGGAACAGCUGUUUUGUUUUUUGUUUUAGUUGAUUCCUUGAAGAAAUGCUGUUACUUCAAAAAUAUUUUCAAUGGCAUCCCAGAGCAUAGAGGAUGAAAUGUUAUCUAAGUCCUGCUUCUUGGACAUGACAGAUGGCACUCUAUGAAAUGGUCAAGCUUGCUUUACCCAUAGUUUAUGUCCUAGAAAGCAGAACCACUGCCGGACAUCAUGACAAUAGUCCAGAUUUAGCUUGUCAUUUAUGAAUUAAGAUGACCAAUAUUGCCAACAAUUAAGGGCAAGAUCAAGCAUGGCAGAGAGGAUGUGGUAUUAAGUAAGGAACACUUGAAAUUAUAAGGCUAUUUUUGUAUUAUAUGAAAAUAGUUAAAUUUUGUAUGAAGGUUGAAUAAUGUUAAUGUUCUAUUUAUUGGUUAUUUGUGAUUUCUCUAUUAUGAAAUGAUACCAACCGUAGGUUGAAGUGGUGUAAUUUUUUUCCAAAGAAGUUUGCUUCUUUGUCCUCAUAUAAUUUAACUAUUUUAGUACUGCAUAUGUAUUAACAUUACCAACUUGUAAUAUUUCAAGUAAUUAUGUUCAAUGAUGUUAUUCAGGUUAUUUUUCUUGCAAUAAAAUUGGCAUUACAAUUAUGUAAAUAUA